UCGUUAAAUCAACCCAUCGAGUUCGUCGUCGGCUUUUUCCCAGUCUCUUUGUUACUCAGCCCCGACCGACGAGGGAGGAGCUCCAAGUGUCACGUCUUCUUUCAUUUCGACAGAUUGCCUGCUUUCCUUUCGUUCAUCCCGUAAUAAUUUCCUUCAAUUCGACGUUUCUUACUCGGUCAACUCCGUUAUCGUUUCCUCAAGAAAGGCUUGAAUUUUAGGCAAAUGGACUUCUACUGAUGCUAAUGAACUAAAAAAACAUAAUCGCAGCAAUGGUUACGAGGAAAGUUGGCAAAUAUGAGGUCGGGAGAACUAUUGGAGAGGGUACUUUCGCUAAGGUUAAGUUUGCAAGAAACACCGAGACUGGAGAGGCCGUUGCAAUGAAAGUUCUCGCAAAAAGCACGAUCCUGAAGCAUAGGAUGGUCAAUCAGAUUAGGAGAGAAAUUUCCAUCAUGAAAAUCGUAAGACAUCCCAACAUUGUCAGGCUGCAUGAGGUUUUGGCUAGCAGCACAAAGAUAUACAUCAUUCUGGAAUUUGUCACUGGAGGAGAACUCUUUGAUAAAAUUGUUCACCAAGGAAAGCUUCCUGAGAAUGAAACCAGGCAAUAUUUUCAGCAACUUAUCGAUGCGGUUGAUUAUUGUCAUAGUAGGGGUGUCUUCCACAGGGAUUUGAAGCCUGAGAACCUUCUUCUUGAUUCCCAAGGGAACUUGAAAAUUUCAGAUUUUGGCCUAAGUGCAUUGCCUCAGCAGGGGGUUGGCCUUCUUCAUACAACAUGUGGUACGCCAAAUUAUGUUGCACCUGAGGUACUCAGCCACCAAGGUUAUGUUGGUUCUGCUGCCGAUGUGUGGUCAUGUGGAGUCAUACUUUAUGUUUUGAUGGCUGGCUAUCUUCCUUUCGAGGAGGCUGAUCUUUCAACCUUAUACAGAAAGAUUAAUGCAGCUGAAUUUUCUUGUCCUUCAUGGUUUUCUGCUGGUGCCAAGUCAUUGAUAUGCAGAAUCCUUGAUCCAAAUCCUAGAACCCGUGUACAUAUUGAAGGAAUACGAAAUGAUGUAUGGUUCACGAGGAAUUAUGUUCCUGUUAGAUAUAGUGAAGCUCAAGAAGUCAAUCUGGAUGACAUCCAUGCUGUUUUUAAUGACAUUGAGGAUCAGUUUGUAACUGAGCAAGUAGAGAACAGUGAACGUCGUCCUCUUAUAAUGAACGCAUUUGAGAUGUUUACGUUGUCCCAAGGGCUGAAUCUUUCAGCAUUAUUUGACAGACAGCAGGAUUAUGUGAAGUGUAUUCGUCUUCACCCAGGGGAUGGGGAACCUUGGAAGGCUAAGGAGGAGGAGGCUCCCGAUCCCGUUCCUGAACUUGCUCCUCUCUGCCAGCACUCACAGUUUGAUCAGUUAGUAGAGAGAUUUGAUCAAUUGGAGACCCGAUUUGACACUUUUGUAGCUCACCAGCAGCAUCAGCACGAUAAGAUUAUAGCCCAUUUUAAUACUCUUGCUGUUCACCAGCAGCAGCAGCACGACCAGGACAUGACCUAG